AAAAAAGAAGAAAAGAAAAAAAAUGGGCAAACAAGCAAAAAGAUGUGUGCAAAUUAAAUCAUAACAAUCUCUCUUGUGCGAGGCUAUGAGCAGAGUGCCAAAUAUUAAGAGAUCAACAAUUCAAUUUCAAUUGAUGGCCCAUUAAGUGAAAUUAGGUAGCGCAACGAAUCCCUCUGGCUGCGGCUGUUGCUGCUGUUGCUUUGGCACACUUCUGGGCAACGCUUUGUCGCCGCCGACCGCAAACCUGGGCAAAAUAAUGAACUUGUGUUCCUCGGGCGCUACGGCAUCGACCACAUCGUUAUCAUCCACGGGGCAGGCGGAGCGGAGCGGCGGCACUGCUGAAGGAGGGGGAGGAGGAGGAGGAGGCAGUGGCAGUGGCGGCGGUGGCGGCAGGAACAGCAACAACGACGGACCCUCAGAGACCCAAACACACUGUUUCGGUAGCAACGGAGGUGGCGGCAGCGGCUCGGAGGAAGCAUUCAGCACCAAUCACAGUCAUCACAGCACAGCCAACGGCAGCGGGGGCAGCAAUCCGGCUAGCAGCAGUAACGGACACAGCCAGCAACACAACGAAAAUAACGCAACUAUGCCGCCCGAGACGCGUCCCAAAAUGGUGACGGUCAAGCAUCCGGAAUCGAACAAGCCCAAGCCCACCACCAAGAAAAGCAAACCCAUCCAGGCGGACCAGGAUGUGAUCAAGGCGCUGCAACGUUGCCGCGAUGAGGGCAUUAAGCGAUUGGAUCUUAGCAAAUCCUCCAUCACGGUCAUACCCAGCACGGUCAAGGAUUGUGUGCACCUCACCGAGCUGUAUCUGUAUAGCAACAAGAUAGGCCAGCUGCCCGCGGAGAUUGGAUGCCUGGUGAACCUGCGGAAUCUGGCACUGAACGAGAACUCGCUGACCUCGCUGCCCGAGUCGCUGCAGAACUGCAAGCAGCUGAAAGUGCUGGAUCUGCGGCACAACAAGCUGGCCGAGAUCCCGCACGUCAUCUAUCGCCUGCGCACGCUCACCACGCUGUAUCUGCGCUUCAAUCGCAUCACCGCAGUGGCCGACGAUCUGCGGCAGUUGGUCAAUCUGACGAUGCUGAGUCUGCGCGAGAACAAGAUCAGGGAGCUGGGCAGUGCCAUCGGGGCGCUGGUGAAUCUGACCACGCUCGAUGUGUCGCACAAUCACUUGGAACACCUGCCGGAGGAUAUUGGGAACUGCGUGAAUCUGAGCGCCCUGGAUCUGCAGCACAAUGAGCUGCUGGACAUACCCGACAGCAUUGGCAAUCUGAAGUCACUGGUGCGGCUGGGGCUGCGCUACAAUCGACUGAGCAGCGUACCGGCCACGCUGAAGAACUGCAAGAGCAUGGACGAGUUCAAUGUGGAGGGUAAUGGAAUGACCCAGCUGCCGGAUGGCAUGCUUGCCAGCCUGAGCGGCCUCACCACCAUCACCCUGUCCCGCAAUCAGUUCACCAGCUACCCCACCGGAGGACCGGCGCAAUUCACGAACGUUUACAGCAUCAAUUUGGAGCACAAUCGCAUCGACAAGAUACCGUACGGCAUAUUCUCGAGAGCCAAGGGCCUGACCAAGCUGAACAUGAAGGAGAAUAUGCUGACAGCCCUGCCGCUGGACAUUGGCACGUGGGUGAACAUGGUCGAGCUGAAUCUGGCCACGAAUGCGCUGCAGAAGCUGCCCGAUGACAUCAUGAACCUGCAGAAUCUGGAGAUACUCAUCCUGUCGAACAACAUGCUCAAGAAGAUACCCAACACGAUUGGAAAUAUGCGCAAGCUGCGCAUCCUCGACCUGGAGGAGAACCGCAUCGAGGUGCUGCCGCACGAGAUUGGCCUGCUGCACGACCUGCAGCGGCUGAUACUGCAGACAAAUCAGAUCACAAUGCUACCGCGCAGCAUUGGGCACUUGAGCAACCUCACACAUUUGUCUGUCAGCGAGAACAACCUGCAGUUUUUGCCCGAGGAGAUUGGGUCGUUGGAGGGACUGGAGAACCUUUAUAUCAAUCAGAAUCCCGGUCUGGAGAAACUCCCUUUUGAGCUGGCCCUCUGCCAGAACCUCAAGUAUCUCAACAUUGACAAGUGCCCGCUGAGCACCAUUCCGCCCGAGAUCCAGGCCGGUGGUCCGUCCUUGGUGCUGCAGUGGCUCAAGAUGCACUCGCCGUAUCGGCAAAUGUGAGAUGUGGACGGCGUCUGGCGCACCGUCUACGUAGGCAGCGACUGCUAUUACCAGUACGAGCUUCAGGCGGUGCAAAAGGCGCCCGGUGAAACAAAGCCGGAAGCGGGCGGUGCCAACGAUCGGCGUUAAUAUGGUCCCCGUUCCCGUACAGGUUCACGUUCUCCUCCGACCCAAGCAUCCCGAGUAAAACCUACUGGAGUGCGUUGGCCGACAAAAUUAUAGCUUUAACGUGUUAUACCAAUGUCCCGCGUAUUGAAAACUGCCCCCGUUUUGCUUUUACCCAUACGUUAGACCCACUCUUAGGUCACAGUUCCCAUGCUGCUUGGACACACCACACAAAUUUUAGGUUCUAAUUUAACUCAUGCUUCCAAGCUAGUCAAAAAAAAUAAUGAAACGAAAUGAAACGAAGUGAAUUUGAAAGCUUUAAACCCUUUUGUUUGAUAUUUGGUCUUUGAGUAAAAAAAAAGCAAAAAGCUAAAUAUAAUGGUAAAAACCAACACAAAACUUCACAGAAUACGCAAGCGCCAAGGAAUUGUUUGAAAAUGAUGAAACAAAACAAAAAAUGAAAUUAAAAAUGAAUAAGAAAUUAUUAAACUUUAUACAUAAAAGUAAGUCGUAGCCGAAAAAAAAUAAACAUUAACUACAAUGAUAAAAUAUUUAUGGACUACAAUACAGAAUAUGUGCUAGGAAUAUAUUAACUAAUGGUAUUUAUGUGUUUGAUUAAAAUAUGACAAACAAACAAAACUUCAUGCUUGCGCAAGAAUUUCAAGAAAUAUUUAAACAUAAAUGUAUACCCUCUAAAAUAUUCUGUAAUUUGUAUAUGUAUGUUUGUGGUAACUAUUUUAAUAUGUGGCGCCAACGAGCAAGCUCCACACAGAUAUAUAUCCACUACAUGUAGACCGACUUGCUGUUGUUGCUUUUUGUAUGUUAGUCUAAACUUAAAAUAACCAAACAACUUAAUAACUAAACCUAUACGUGUUUAAAAAGAUGUUAAACUAGCAAGCAAAACGAAAUCAAUGUUGAAUACUUGUACAUCCUUUGAGUAUAGAUGUGACUGUAAUUCAUGCGUAUGAAUGCCAUAAAGGAUUCAAUGCAUUUAGUUAACAUAACCAAAAAGAAAGCUCUGUGCCACAGGGAGUUUGAACUUUGCACGAGACAAAAAACCGAGCCCCGAAAAUCAAUUUUUAAGUUCAAAAACCAAGUUCUAGUUUUUCACUCGGCAUCUACCGAACCGAUAUCUAAGGGCAUAAAGGUACGAUUAGGUUAGAGCUUCAAGCAGGUGAUCAUUUGUGGACAUUCUUUAUGAUGUAACGGCAAGCAUUAUAUUUAUAUGUAAAUCCUCAUAAUGAGACACCUGUUUGGGAGAGGGCAAGAAAUAUUAAAUGGGAUGGUGUGAAAAUCAGACAAGUGUAAAAGGCAACCAAAAUAUGGUUUUUGAAUAUAAAAAAAAAAGAUUUUGGUGGAAAAUAAUAUCUAAAACGUUUUUUUGUAUCGCAACGAUAUCUGUAUGGCAGGCAAAGAAUUGAAUGCCACAUAAUUGAUAAGCAUAAAAUACAUCCAAAACAUAUAUUCCCCAGAGAUUCAAACUAUGUUCAUUCGUAAAGUAAUCUAAAUGAGUGUUAGGGCAGGAGAAAGCCAUUAAAUACAUUGAAACCCGCUCAAAGCCAACACAAAUCGAUGGAUGAUUUAUAUAUUUUGUAAGACUUGAACUACAUGUCCUGAAACACACACAAUGAAAGAAGAAGUAAGACAUUUUUUGAGCUACGCUCCGCUGCAAUGCAACGCAAAUGGGCUUUAAACUUUUAACAAAUUGUAAAACCAAUACAUCAACGAAACUUUAACUUUAACAACAAUUUACACACAUGCAUACAUACAUAUAUACAUACAUACAUACAUACACGCAUCAUAUGAUCUAUGUACUUUUACACAUCUAUUUUUGAAAAAAAAACAAAUCAAAACUAAACAAAGACAAAUACAAGUGAAUGCAAAAAACACUUGAUAUCUAUACACAUACUCACUCGUAUGUAUUUAUCUCAGUAUUCAAAGGGAUAAGCAUAGUAUGGACAUAUAUUUUUCAAACAAACUGUAUGCGGCAGGGUAAACUAAACUGGCAAACGUAAUUUAAUUACAACAAAUACGAGUUAUAACCAAAAACAAAACGUAUAUUUCCAACGGUACAAAAAUGAAAACGUAAAUGUAACACAAAUACAAAUACAAAAUACAAAUCAAUGUUAAACAAUAUUCGCACUCUGUAAUAAUUACAGAAGAACUUUGCAUAGAACGGAAUACCAAAACGUUUGUCUUUACCUACAAUUUUGUUGUUGUUUUUUUGUUAAAACAACGGAAAAUACAU